AUGCAGAGAGCUACAGCGGAUGUGCGCACAGGACAGGAAGACUUGGCUUCUCAGCAUGGGGAAACAGUUAGUUGGGACAUCAAUGACAUCAAACUCCCCAAGGAUGUGAAACAAACAGAUUGGUUUCAGGAAUGGCCAGAUUCCUAUGUAAAAUGUAUCUAUAGUGCUGAUGAUAAAAAUGCUCAAAGGCACCUGAGUAGCUGGGCAAUGAGGAACACCAACAAUCACAACUCGCGCAUCUUGAAAAAGUCCUGCCUGGGAGUCGUGGUCUGUGGCAGUGAAUGCUCAGCGCCUGGUGGGGGCAAGAUGUACUUGAGACCAGCCAUAUGUGAUAAGGCUCGGCAAAAGCAGCAAAGGAAAUCAUGCCCUAACUGUAACGGGCCUUUGAAGCUAAUUCCCUGUCGAGGCCACGGUGGGUACCCUGUAACCAACUUCUGGAGACAUGAAGGACCAUUCAUAUUUUUUCAGUCAAAAGGCACGCAUGAUCACCCAAGACCAGAAACAAAAGCAGAAGCAGAAGCCAGAAGAUCGAUACAAAAAACUCAAGUACCGACUUCUCCCAGAUUUAAACGGAGCAAACAUACCGAGGUAAAUCUUCACAAGCAAAACAGACCCCAUCAUGAGAGGAGAAGCACGGGAACGAGGAGAGGCCAAACCGCAAGGGGCCCCGCAUUGCGCAGCACUCAGCUGGAGGCCAGGCAGGCGCCACCCCAGUGCAGCUGCGCCCCUGCACCACGGGGAACUCUUGCUCCUCUCCAGAGAUUCUGUGAACUAAGGACUAAGAGGCCUUUAGUUAAUAGGUUGCAUGAUGCUGAUGAUGCAUUUUUCCUUCUUCAGUCCCUGACAGGUGAAAUGCAAAGCCAGGAGACUUUGCCCUUCCUUCUCUCCAAACAGGAGGACUUUGUGUCACACAAGCUCUUUGGUGCAAAUUUCAGGGACAAGCCUCCUCAAGAACAGGGGGGAAGCCAUUUUUUGUCCCUUGCCAAAAGUUCCACUUCAGGAAAACCACCUUCUCUGGCAGAGCACCCACCAGACAUGGGCUAUGACAAAUUCUUGGACAAGUGCAAACAGACUGGGAGAAGUGACUAUAGCUGCAGGGGCCCAGCUGCAACCUCUAUGUAUCCUGAAUACAGAGAGCAACAAACCUGGAAUAAGAGCAUGGACCUAGGAAGGACUCCGCUGGCAGAGAAACACUGCAGUGGCUCUACCACAUUUCUUGCUGGUCUGCCUUGUGAAAUGCUGGCCUCCAUAAAUACAGUCGAUCUGGGCAUUCAGCAUGCUCCCAGUCGGUGGGAGCCAACAGGGAAGGCUGGCUACCACCCCUUCAGAUCUAACGUGGCUCCAUUUGGAGAAGAGUUGCAUGAAGGAAAGCCGCUCCCGAACUACAGCAGCCACAGUGUCUCCUCUUCCUUCUGCCAUCUUGCUCCAGAAGAUCCCUACCUCAUUGCAGAUGCGAGCUGUCAGUAUUACCAGAGCCCCUUGCCCAUCAAAGGAAGCGAGUGGAACAUGGAGGAGGAGAGGAAAUACACAAACCUUGACAACUGCAGCAGUGACAUGUUUUUCAAUGUCUUCCCUUUACGAUGA